AUGUCGACCGGAUAUGAUGUGGUUGUCGAUGUAGACGAAGAGGGAGAUCUCGGGCACACUGAUCUCCAAGAAGAUCUCGAGUUCCACUCCUCGAACUUCAAUACCGAUACAUCUACGAGCUCGAGAAAGCUACCUGGCGCCUCUCCCGGACUCCCUGCGCCUGUAACAGCGUCGGGAAGUGGCUCCUCCAAACGAUUCCUAUGGACACUUUCCUUUUACGCGCAGUUCUUCGACGUCGAUACGAGCUCAGUCCUUGCAAGGUGUUGGGCAGCGCUAUAUCCACGGGCCAACUUCCUUGAUGUAUUGGAAGGCAACCCUGAUCUGUAUGGACCGGUUUGGAUCGCGACCACGGUUGUCUUCAUCCUCUUCUUGGGGGGUACCAUCAGCAAAUAUCUGGCGGAGACGGGAAGCGAGCACUUCGUCUACGACUUCAGAUUAUUGAGUGGUGCUGCUGGACUGAUCUAUGGAUACACCCUUAUCAUUCCAAUCGCCCUCUUCCUAGCUCUGAAGUACUUUGGCAGCGAGUCUGCCAACCUUCUAGAGUGCUGGGCUCUAUACGGCUAUUCGAAUCUUAUUUGGAUACCCGUUGCCUUAGUCUCGUGGUCUCCCAUCACCAUACUCAACUUAGUAUUUGUCGCCGUUGGAUUUGGCCUCAGUGUAGCAUUCCUCUUGAGAAAUCUAUACCCUGUUCUCAGUGCUACUGACAAGCAGACUAGCAAGGCUUUGUUGAUCUUGGUGGUCUGCCUUCACGCCGGCUUGGCCAUUGCCAUCAAGGUUCUGUUCUUUGCACAUGGGAGCCCAGCUGCUGAGACUCCGACUCCCAAGGAGCCGGCGCCAAGUGCAGGUGCUGGAGAUGGAGUAACGAAGCUUUCUGUGUUUUGA